AUGACGCUCCGUCCAUUGAUACAAAGGGCCCGGUCGGUCUUUCAUCGAAUGAAAGUUGACAAUGAUGAGGCAAGUUCUUCGGUCGACGUGGACAGAAACACAGUAGAGCCAGAGAAGUCAGAUGGGCAAAUAAUCCAUCCUGAAGAGGCACUUCCAAACAAUGGUGCCGAGCUGCCCGGUGUGCCCUAUGAAGAACUUCAGCAUGGUAUCCAGGAGGUUGAGGCUGUGGCUCAGACCUGGUCCAGAGCGUCCUUGAUCUUUGUUUUCAUCAAUAUGUGGUUCCUUUACUUUACCUAUGCCUGGAUAUCAUCGGUUGAUGGUAGCUUGAGCACUUAUGUCGCUAGCUCUUUCCAGCAACACUCCUUAUCUGGUCUUCCUACCGCUAUUGCAGAUGCUUUCUCCGCUGCUGUCUUCCUUCCAGUGGCCAAAAUGAUGGACACUUGGGGUCGAGCUGAAGGCUUCCUGGUAAUGUCGAUUUGCGCCACCGUAGGCCUCAUUCUUAUGGCCUCUUGCAAUAGUUUCCCACUCUACUGCGCCGCAAAUGUAAGGGAACACCCACAGACUAUCAAGCAGAUUCUAAUGGUGUUUUACUAUAUUGGCUUCGGAGGCAUGCAAUUCGCUGUGGAUGUCAUCACCGCCGAUCUCUCGCAGUUGAAAAACCGAGCUCUUGCAUAUGCCUUCACGUCUUCUCCAUAUAUUAUUACGGCCUUUGCUGGACCAAAGGUGGCGGGUCUAUUCUACGCCAAUACUGGCUGGAGAUGGGCCUAUGGUACUUUUGCGAUCAUAUUCCCUAUCGUGGCUGCUCCAUUGUUCUUCGUCCUAAAGUUCAACCUGACAAAAGCCAAAAAGGGGAAUGCUGUAGUUAUCAGAGAGAACAGCGGGCGAUCUUUCCUUCAAAGCGUCUGGUUUUGGACUCUCGAGUUUGAUUUAAUUGGAGUUUUCAUCUUUACUACAGGACUUGUCCUAUUUGAGCUUCCGUUUGACAUUGCUAGCGAGGCUCCCAAUGGCUGGGGCACAGAUUAUAUCAUUGCCAUGAUUGUGGUUGGAUUCUCGAUGCUCUUCUUCUUUGGCUUCUACGAGAGAUAUAUCGCUCCUACCCCUUUGCUCCCUUACUCCUUCCUCACCAACCGAACCGUCGUCGGCGCAUGUCUCUUGGAUGCCACGUACCAGCUUUCAAACUAUUGCUGGAACAACUACUUUUCGAACUUCCUUCAGGUGGUUAAUGACCUCACCAUUGCCGAAGCUGGGUAUAUCGUCAACACAUUUGACGUGGUUUCUGGUGUACUUUUAUUCUUUGUUGGAUGGGCAAUCCGAAAGACCGGUCGCUUUAAGUGGCUCCUUUACAUUUCCGUUCCUCUAUACAUCUUUGCCCAGGGUUUGAUGAUCUACUUCCGUCGUCCCGGUCAGAAUAUCGGGUACCAGGUUAUGUGUCAAAUCUUCAUUUCCAUUGCUGGAUCAAUCUUCAUCAUUGUGCAGCAGCUCGCUAUUCUCGCUGCCGUUGAUCACCAGCAUGUCGCUACAGCCCUUGCCUUGCUCAAUGUGGUCGGUACCAUCGGAGAUUCCGCAGGUCUUACAAUCUCUAUGGCAAUCUGGAACAACACAUACAAGAAGGCCCUCACGCGGUACCUGCCUGACUUGACAAACCUGGAGAUGAUUUAUGAAGAUCUCGAGACACAGUUGAAGUACGCUCCCGGUACGCCGAUGAGAGAGGGCAUCCAGAAAGCAUAUGGCUACACACAAGUUAGGAUGCUUUCUGCUGGCUUGGGUGUGAUGGUUCUGGCAUUUGCGUGGACUAUCAUGAUCAAGAACAUCAACCUGAAGAAGGUUGCCCAGGUCAAGGGUAUGGUGUUUUAA